AUGUUGUUGCGUUGUCUUUUCAAGAGAAGGGGCUGGGCACGAAAGGCUUCCUACGAUUGGCCAGGCCUCGGUUAUGCCAGGACGAUUCAACUGGUUCAAUCAUUUACUAUUUCCUCUGUACUGAAAUGGCCCAGGGAUCUGAAGGGCAAAGCGACUGGAUCACGUUCGCCAACACCCAGUUUCAGGGCUUCGACAUUUGCCCGUCAUGCUUCAGCACAUCAAUACAACACACUAAAUACUCAAGCUACUUUGUUAGGAAAGAUCCAAGUUCAACAGGCAUGGUGUUGGAUCCUACAAUCUCAAGACAUAUCCACCCUUGCCCUUCUCGCCAUUGUUGCCAAUGUCUCCAGACCAGAUAGUCCAUGUCCUAAUGGCGUCAAUGUCUCUUCUGUACGGCCGGAUAAGGUGGAGGUAACGCGAUUGUGGUAUAGCAUCCGCAACCCGGACGAUCUCGGAAACUUAAUGGAUCAAUUCACAAUUUGCUCCCUCUGCGUCACCAGCAUCUACAAACUGUUACUGUCCGUGGCAAAGGCUAGGCCAUUCAUAUCCGUAUCCUCGUCUCCUUGCGCUGGCAGCUGCGAUAUCCUGCCAGGACUUUCGCGCCGAUCAAGCCUUUACAUUAGUCGCCUUAUGGCUGCGGAAUGGGAUGCGCUGGCGAGUGAAACGGCUGCAGACCCGGAAAAUUUCUCAAGGACGGUCUCUCGGUUUGCUCACAAUGCGGAAUGCGUGGGGAAUGAGCUUGCUUAUGGCAAGUGCUACACAUACCACGGAUUCCGGGCUUUGCGGUGUCCACGCAUUGAGAGCGGAUCAGACCUUGCGUCCAUGUUUGGCUUCCCUGUUGAUGCACCUCAAGGGUUCUAUUGCCAAUUGUACUCUCAACGCAUGAGGGAUAUUUGGAAUAAGGCUGCCUGCAAGAUUCAGGCUGAAUAUCACGAGAGCAUGGCCACCAUGGAACAGAGUUUGGAAUUUAGCCGCACAUUAUGUACACAGAUUGCAACUGGCGACAUCCCAACGACGGACUUCAGCAAAUUCAACAGGCUACAGGAAGCGGCACGGCAUGAGGGAAUGGAAAAUAUAAUAGGAAUAGGAUCCAAAAUUUUGCACGAAUUGUACACUGUUAAUCUACUCAAACCUCGAUCGGACGGUUGGAUCUUCUUCGAAGUGAAUGUACUGGUCGUUGUGCUACCACUGAACUUCUAUAUAUACACUAAGAUGUCUCACCCCUUCCACGCAUUGCUUGAUCAAAAUCAAAUCCAGCAUGUAAAUCGCGCUGCAUCUACGUUUAACGGCCAUCUUCGGCAGGCGGAGUGGCUGCCAAUUCCCCCUUUCCUAAGCGGUUAA